AUGUUCCACUCAUGGCCUUCUCUCAAUUUCAUGGUUUCGAUCGGAAAUGGUGAAUUCUGGCAUGACAGCGACAAGCUCAAAUCGACCGCGGUAGGGACACUCUCAAAUCAGUUAAGUGGAGGGUUGGUCUGCAGUUCUGCAGAUUUGGAGAUGAUUGAAGAAGUUGAGUUGGUGAGGUUGCACUUUGCAGGGGUGAGUGAGGUUGUUGUGAAUGACUUUGUGCAUCUUUUUCUGUUGAUGUUCUUGCCAAUUGGUACUAUUUUGCUUGAUUAUAGCUUGCUGUGUUAUUUGGCUUGCUGUGUUAUAUUGCAUAUGUCUGCUGUUGUUUAG